AUGGAAGUAACUGAUCUUUAUUCAGACGCCAUUGUUCUCUCCGGGCCUUCGGGUGUGGGCAAGAGCACUCUCUGCAAGCGCUUGCUGGCCGCCCAUCCAGGCGUCUUCGCCAUGGCGGUCUCCCACACCACGCGUGAGCCACGGCCCGGCGAAGUCCACGGCGUGUCCUAUUAUUACAUCUCCCAGGACGAGUUCGCCCGUCUUAUUGGCGCCGACGCGUUUAUUGAACACGCGGAGUUUAAUGGCAACCUGUACGGGACUAGCAAACAGACCGUCGUGGACCAGGCGGCCAAGGGGGAUGUGGACUACCGCUUCAUCUUUGUGCGGCCCCCCGACUUCGCCACGCUCGAGUCUCACCUGCGCGGGCGAGGCACCGAAGACGAGGCGAGUGUGCAGCGGCGGCUAGCACGGGCACGCGACGAGAUUGCCUAUGCAGAGACGCCCGGCGUGCAUGACAAGAUCAUUGUGAACAACGACCUGGACGCGGCCUACAAGGAGUUACACGACUUUGUGAUCCGGAAGGCAGACCAUGGCGGAAAGGAUGCGUGA